GCGGUGAAAUCUCUCUCGCGCACGCAUGCAAAGCAACAAACACGUACACACUCGCCACACUGCACAGUACACACAGGCAUCGGAUGCGGCCUAUCACGCACACCACUGCACAGUGCACAGGAGAGGGGUUUCCUAAAACCAGCCAGGCAUCGGUGCCGAGCCCCGUCCCACAAGUCUUCUCUCAUAAAAACGCCGCGGCGCGAGAUUACCGGGGUGCCCUCCCGGCCACCGGCCACCGGCCACCGGACUCCGCCCCCGUCCAGCUCUCUCCCUCCCUCUCCCUUAGCCAUGAAGUCCUCGGUUCGGCCACUCACAUUUGGGGUAAGCUAGAGAGAGCCCGUAACAUGGCUGCUCACGCGCCUAGAGGGGUUAGCUAGCCGCCUAGCCGCUAGCUAGGGCUCCAACCGCAUGCACAGGUUUGGCCCGACUUUUCCUGCCCACGCUUUUACCCUGCCUGCCCUUGGAUGCAUCGAUGCAUUUGGCAUGCUGCAGUCAGUGUACUAGCUGCUCGCCCUCUCCUCUCCUCUCCUCUCCUCUCCUCUCCUAGUCUCCUCUCCUCUUCUUUAUAAGCUCGAGUGGUUCUGGUUCCGGCCCCUCCAUUUCAUUCCCUGUGUGCUGGGCAGCAGGCCGGUGGUGCAGUGGGAGAGAGAGAGAGAGCGGAGGGAGAGAUGGGGCACCACUCCUGCUGCAACAAGCAGAAGGUCCGGAGGGGCCUGUGGUCGCCGGAGGAAGACGAGAAGCUCGUCAAGUACAUCACCACUCACGGCCAUGGCUGCUGGAGCUCGGUCCCGAGACAAGCAGGGCUGCAGCGGUGCGGCAAGAGCUGCAGGCUGAGGUGGAUCAACUACCUGAGGCCGGACCUCAAGAGGGGGAGCUUCUCGCAGCAGGAGGAGGCCCUCAUCGUCGACCUCCACAGGGUUCUUGGCAACAGGUGGGCCCAGAUCGCCAAGCACCUGCCUGGUCGAACGGACAACGAGGUGAAGAACUUCUGGAACUCCACCAUCAAGAAGAAGCUCAUCUCCCAGGCUGUGGGCAGCCUUCACCCAGCUGCAGACCUGUACUACAACAUUCUGGAUGGAGCAGGACAGGGCAUCGCGGUCGCCGGAUGCGCACCGCUAAGCGGGGCGGACAAUGCAUCGGCCCAAGCAGCCACGGUGAGCGCGCAGUCUCCUCCUCCCAUGCUGCACAACCCCGCCGCGGCGUGGGCCGACUUUGUCUCCCAGCCGCUCUUCCUCCCCGGCAACAACGGCGUCCACGGCGGUGGGGACGGCCUCCACGAGUACGCCGUCGACGGGGAGUUCAUCAAGCUUUGCCGCGCCGCCGACGCGUUCCCGCCGCCGGAGAGCGGCGUCGCCGGCGUCGCGGCGAACCAGUGCAAGCCAGCUGAUCUCCUGGCUCAGCAAGAGGGCGCCGCCGCCGCCGUCCGGAGCCUCCCGGUGUUCCUUGAACCGAAGGGCGGCACGGGAACGCUCGCGGCCGAUCCGGCCAUGGGCCCCGUGAUGGACUUUAUGGAAGCCAUCCUGGGGUCGUCGUCGACGUCGGCGGUCAGCGCCUCGUCCGUCGACAGCUUCUCGGCGAACACCGGCAUGCAGGCUCAUUGCUGGAUCCCUUGAAUGCAUCUUAAUUAGAUUCUUAGCGUUUAUUGCUUCGAUAGAUGCAUGGAUUGAUCAAGCACGCGGCAGCAUCAGAGAUAUACUACAUAAUUUAUAAAAUAAUUAUACUGUUAAGCUUCUCAGGGUAGCAAAACCAGUGAUCACAUAAGUUACUUGUAAAUAUAUAUGUUUACAUAUAUAAUGUGUAGGGAUGGUAAGUAGAUAUAAGUGGGCGUCAGUCAUGUGCCAAGGAGGAACUACUCUGAAACUUCUUUAUUUACAGCUAUAUGUAGUGUGUGUACAUGUUACUGAACAUGAGCUGAGAUUCUUAUUCAUGAAAUUGUACCUCUCUUUUACUCUCGCAUAUGCCUA